AUGGCUAUCUUCAGCAAGCGCGCUGCCGAUACGACGGCGACUGGCACUCACGAGAAGAUGCCUCAUAACACCAGACCCACCUUCGGACAAUGGGUCAAGGCCACCUGGCUCGACAUUGUCACCAUGGCUGCUAUGGGCGCCGUUGGUCUCGGGGUCUAUAUGGCGGAUCCUGCACCAAGCCGUAGCUUCCCUGUCAUCUUCUCCAACGGCGAGAUCGUUUACCCCGAGUUCGCCUACCCUCUCCGCCACGAGAUCAUUCCCAUCUGGGCUGCUGCUCUUAUGGCCUUCUUCAUCCCCUUUGCCGUCUUCCUGAUUGUCCAGAUCCGCGCCCGCAGCUUCUGGGACGUCAACAACGCAACCAUUGGUCUCUUGUACUCGCUCAUCGCCGCAGCCGUCUUCCAGGUCUUCAUCAAGUGGCUCAUCGGUGGUCUCCGCCCCCACUUCCUCGCCGUAUGCAAACCCGUGAUCCCCCAAAGCAUACUCGCAUCCGUCGGCGCAAACAACAACGGCAAUGAAGCAGGCGGCCCGUACGGUAACGUUGCCAACGGUUACAGGCAGAUCAUGUUCGAUCGUAGCAUCUGCACUGGCGACAAGAACGAGAUCAAUGAUAGUCUGGAAUCUAUGCCCUCCGGUCACACCACUGCUGCAUUUGCUGGCUUCGUCUUUCUAUACCUAUACCUCAACGCUAAGCUCAAGGUCUUCGCGAACUAUCACCCUGCCAUGUGGAAGCUCAUUGCCCUGUACGCUCCUAUACUAGGCGCCUGCUUGAUCGGAGGCGCCCUCACCAUCGACGAGUAUCACAACUGGUGUACCAAGGCCAAUGUAGUCGCCAGACAUGUCUAUUGGGGUGUACAUACUGGUUACGACAUCGUCGUCGGCGCCCUCAUCGGUACUAUGAUGGCUUUCAGCUCUUACCGCAUGGUGUAUGCCUCAGUCUGGGACUUCCGCUUCAACCACAUCCCUCUUAUGCGCCACGAUCCUAUGGUGUACGGUGCCGGCCCUAGCUCCUCUGAUGGCUUCCAUGAUGCCGUAUUCACUCGCAAGGCUGGCUGGGGCACACACGAAGGCAGUAGCUGGGGUGGUGCACCAUUCGACGCUACCGAUGGUCCCAGGGGUACAAUGUUGCCGCAUCCAGAGGGCCCUAUUGCAGCAGGCGCUGUGCACAGGAAGCCUGUUGGUGCCAACAGGGCUGGCGAGCAAAUGGUCUAG